GUCGAAAGGCAUAAAUAAAGUUGCAAAGAGAGCACUAUCAAGCAAAAGAAACAAAACCAAAAAAUGGCGGAUACGAAACUAUACGGUCGGAGUUCCGCUCUGUCACUCUGCUUCUCAUCAUCAUCAUCAUCCUUAGCUAAAUAUGUUGCUCCGUUUGCAAGCCGCGUGUCCUUUCACUCGAGGAAACCCCCUCGCCUCCUUGUCUUAGCUAUGGCCACUAAGAGAAGUCCGAAGCGUCUCAAAUACUCUACUCCUCGUUUCACUAAGGAGGACGCAUUAGUUUAUGUAGAAGCUGAUGCAUCAGGAGCAGACAGUUGGAAGUUAGAUCCAGUCAUUGAACUUUUGAAUGAGGGUGCCGUUGGGGUCAUUCCUACAGAUACUGUAUAUGCAAUGGUUUGUCAUUUGAAAAGCCACUCAGCCGUUGAACGUCUGCGUAGAAUAAAAGAUAUAGAACCUUCCAAGCCUCUCAGCAUCUUAUGCCGCUCUUUGAGAGAUAUAGACAUAUAUACGACUGGGUUUCCUCGUAGUGAUGGCCAAGGACAUGCAAAUAUAUUUCGAGCUGUCAAGCAUUGCUUGCCUGGACCUUACACUUUCAUUUUGACCUCAAGUAAAGAAUUACCUAAACAGUGCGUGAGGUAUGGGACUACAACUGCCAAAUAUGCCUCUAGGAAAAAUGUGGGUGUUCGUAUCCCGGAUGAUGCCAUUUGUCAAGCAAUGCUAGAGAAGAUGGAUGUACCACUUAUUUCCACGAGUGUUAAGGGGCCCAAGGAUAAUGAGUGGAUGAUAGAUCCUGUUGUAAUAGCUGAUACAUAUGGACCAGAGGGUCUUGAUUUUGUUGUUGAUGGCGGCAUGAGGGUGGCUGAUCCGUCCACUGUGGUUGACAUGACCAGAGUGCCUCCAAAAAUUAUACGGCAAGGAAAGGGACCUAAAUUACACUGGAUGGUAGCAGAAGAUGAUAAUGAAACUGGAUGGCAUGCUGAAAACCUCAUACCUUCUGCCAGUUGAACAAAAGACACUGUGCAUAACGACUUUACAAAUAUUUUCAGGGGUGAAGAUCUCAUUGCUUAUGCUAAAGGCACCAGUUUUUUUAUGGGAGAUUUAGCACCUUUCUCUGUUAACUCGGCAACACAUUCUGUAAAUGUCCUAAUAAAGACAUGUUAAUGGCAAACAACUAUAGCACAAAACUAGUUUUAAUGGAGAGAGCUUGUGCAUAAUGGAUUGAAGCCACAUCUGAAACUUCUUUUUGGGGAGCUUACUGAAGUUGAUUUUGAAACCGAACAAUUUGUACAUAAAAUCACUUCAUUGUUUAAUCAAGCUGCAGGGUUGAUUGAUAA